CGUGGCCUUCCCUUCCAAGAACCACAAUCACAUUAAGAUUUCUGCUUAGCUUCUUCUCUUCAGCUGUUGUCAUAAAUAUUUCUCGAAACAGCUUCUUUUGUGGGGUGAGAAAUAUCUAUAAUGGCUAAUACUGAAGGUCCCAUUGGCAGCUCUGUGCAUGGUUUAACUGGCAGAGAACAAACAUUUGCCUUCUCUGUGUCAUCUCAACCUCACCCCUCUGAUAAUGAUGACACAGCUACAAAAUUUUCUUUGCCGGUCGAUUCAGAACACAAAGCAAAAACUCUGCAAAUCUUCUCAUUUGCUCAACCCCAUAUGAGAUCCUUUCAUCUUGCUUGGAUCUCCUUCUUCACAUGUUUGAUCUCCACUUUUGCUGCUGCUCCUCUAGUUCCCAUAAUUAGGGACAAUCUUGAUUUGACAAGAUCAGACAUUGGCAAUGCUGGUGUUGCUUCUGUUUCUGGCAGCAUUUUCUCGAGGCUUGUCAUGGGUGUACUGUGUGACUUAAUAGGACCAAGAUAUGGCUGUGCCUUUGUCAAUCUGUUAACAGCCCCUGUUGUUUUCUCAGUUGCUUUUGUGUCAUCAGCUCAGGGAUACGUAGCUGUUCGGUUCAUGAUUGGAGUUUCACUGGCAACAUUUGUGUCAUGCCAAUAUUGGACGAGUACCAUGUUUAAUGGACAGAUUAUUGGGCUUGUUAAUGGUGUUGCAGCUGGGUGGGGAGACAUGGGAGGUGGUGUCACUCAACUUCUUAUGCCUUUCCUUUUUCACAUAAUUCAACUUACUGGAGCAACUCCAUUCACUGCCUGGCGUAUUGCCUUUUUCAUCCCUGGAUGGCUUCAUAUCAUCGUUGGGGUUAUGGUCUUGAUUCUUGGCCAAGACUUGCCAGAUGGUAAUCUUAGUACCCUCCAAAAGAGGGGUCAUGUACACAAGGAUAAAUUUUCUAAAAUAUUUUGGUUUGCAGUGACAAAUUAUAGGACAUGGGUCUUUUUUUUCAUCUACGGAUUUUCUAUGGGAGUUCAACUUUGCAUGAACAAUGUCAUCGUAGAGUACUUUUACGACAGGUUCAAUUUAAAGCUUCACACAGCAGGAGUUAUAGCUGCAACAUAUGGCAUGAUCAACUUUGUGGCUCGUCCUUUUGGCGGAUAUGCUUCUGAUUUAGCAGCACGAAAAUUUGGGAUGAGAGGAAGGCUAUGGAUCUUGUGGAUAGUGCAAACAUUUGGAGGAGUAUUCUGUGUUUGGCUUGGCAAAGCAGAAACCCUUCCCACAGCCAUUGUAGCCAUGAUCUUGUUCUCCAUUGGAGCUCAAGCUGCAUGUGGUGCUACUUAUGGUGUCAUCCCUUUCGUGUCGCGAAGAUCAUUAGGCUUAAUCUCUGGCUUAACUGGAGCUGGAGGCAACUUUGGAGGAGGCUUAACACAGUUGGUUUUCUUCUCAACAACAAGAUUUUCUACAGCGACGGGGCUAACUUGGAUGGGGUUCAUGGCUGUGGCUUGUACUGUCCCUGUAGCUUUUAUUCAUUUUCCACAGUGGGGAAGUAUGUUCCUUCCAGCUUCAAAAGAUAAAAGGUACAAUGAAGAACACUAUUAUUGUUCAGAAUGGACUGAUGAUGAGAAACAAAAAGGACUCCACCAUGGAAGUAUUAAAUUUGCAGAGAAUAGCCGAUCUGAACGUGGAAGAAAGCACAUAAUUUCCUCAGCUGUUACCCCACCUAAUUCUACUCCACUGCACGUUUGAUGAAAAAUAAUAUAUACAGUUUUGAUAUAAUAGUGAAUUGUGAUUGAUUGCUAUUUAUACAAGCUCAGCUCAGCUAUUAUAGUUUAUAUAUGUACUGAUCUGCGUUUUGUCAUAUAUCCUUUUUCUGUAAGUAACUACUACAUUUUUCAAAAUAUUCUACUCCAACUUGGUCUUGCUAUUGUAUUUCUCGAGACAGUUACUCCUUC